CUGUUCUACGCAUUUGUUUCACUCUCUCUCUCCCUCCCUCUCUAGCUCAUUUCUCUGUUUUACUCAUUCUUCAGCUAUUUGGUUGGAUUUCAUGCAGAUUUCAGCAUCAUGAGCAGUGAUAAAAGUGUUGCUGAAGUAGCACCAAGAUUGCCACCCAGAAAGUCCCCGCACACCCCAGUACGAGUACGGGACACAAUACACAGCAACACACAGAACGGCUCAGUUAGAAACUCAAAGAGCAAGAGAGAAGUUCUAGGCAAUGGGUCACACCUAGUGACUUCACCAGAGGGUCAUCGAGUGUGUGGGACACGGAUACAACACAGUCUCCAGUUGUCCCUACAAGAGCUGACUGGCUGGCUGGCUUUGAAGGAGGCGGAUCUUGAGGAGCCGUGGCCUCUGGGGGGCGAUCUUAAGACCCUGCAGCACCAGAGACAGCAGCACCAGUUCUUUGAGGAGGAGCUGAACUCCAGAACGUCUUUCGUGCACUCUGUACUAGAGGCAGCUCAGGACUUCCUCUCACAGCACCCCCUAGCGCUAGUAGAGACCACCACAGGGGUUUGUGUGGAGCCAUCAGUGAGAGAGUGUGUGGGUCACACUGCUCGAACAGCGGAGACUCGGUGGCAAAGUGUGUUACGGCGCUGCAGUGCCCGCAGGAAGAGGCUUGAGGACGCUGUGAGCGGCCUGGAGGAGAUGCACUGCAGCAUAGAGGAAAUACAGAGAGAGAUUGAGGAGGCUCAGGGAAUCCAGCAGGCCUGGGAACCACUGGAAGAACUACAGAUGGAAACGCUGCAAGACCAUGUGGACGCUAUAGGGUUAUUUGAGGAGGAGUUGGUUCCUGUGAAAGAGGGGCUAAAAAAUGUCAACAUUUUAGCCCACCAGCUCUGCAACGCUGGUAUGUGUCUAACAGAACAGGACACGCGCACACUUCACAACCUUAAUGCACACUGGAGACUGCUUCAGGAGUGUACAGAGGAGAGACUACGAGAGCUGCAGGAAGCUCUAACAGACUUUGGACCCUCAUCACAACACUUUUUCUCAGGUUCUGUCCAGAGUCCAUGGGAAAGAGCCAUUUCAGCUAGCAGAGUGCCAUACUAUAUCAAUCACAGUACUCAGAGCACUAGCUGGGAUCACCCUCGCAUGAUCCAGCUCUAUCAGUCUAUGGCUGAUCUCAGCGAGAUUAGAUUUUCAGCCUACAGGACAGCCAUGAAACUGAGACGUGUGCAAAAACUCUUAAAAUUGGACUGUAUCCCUCUGAGCUCGCUGGUGGCGGAACUUCAGGGCGAUGUGGGUGUCAUUCAGGGGUCAGAGGUGAUGGGGUCCGGCGGCAGGGCUGUAGAGAUUCAGGAGGUUGUGGAGGUGUUGACCUCUCUGUAUGAACAUGUGGAGCAGGAGAAAGGCAUGAUGGUGGAUAUUCCUCUGUAUGUGGACAUGUGUCUCAACUGGCUGCUCAGUGUAUACGAUAGUGGUCGCACUGGGAGGUUGCGUCUGUUGUCGCUGGUUACUGGCCUGGUCAGUCUGUGUGAUGCUGAUGUGAAAGACAAAUGCAAAUAUUUGUUCUGGCAGGUGUCUGGAGCGGAUGGGCAGUGUGACGCCGCUCACCUGAGCUCUCUAUUGAAUGAGCUGAUCCAGAUCCCGCGGCAGCUGGGGGAGGCAGCGGCUUUCGGUGGGAACAGUGUAGAACCCAGUGUCAACAGCUGCUUCAGAAUGGUCUCAGGGCGUCUCUCAGUAGGAGAGAAUGAUUUUCUGGACUGGAUCGCUCUGGAGCCUCAGUCUGUAGUGUGGCUUCCUGUCUUGCAGCGUGUCAGCCAAUCAGAACACACAUUGCACCACAUCCGCUGUUCAGUGUGCAGACACAGCCCCAUCCGCGGCUUCAGGUAUCGAAGCUUAAAGCAGUUUAAUGUGGAUAUCUGCCAAAGCUGCUUCCUGUCAGGACGUGCAUGGAGGGGUAAAACCCUUCAGUACCCCAUCAUAGAAUACUACACCAAAAGCACCUCUGGCGAGAAGGUGAGGGCUUUUGCAGAGACGCUGAAGAAUAAGUUUCGCUCUAAACAGUAUUUUAGCAGACACCCACAACGAGGAUAUCUACCGGUCCAGUCCACUGUGGGACAGGGGGAAGAGGACAGUCCCAGUUUUUCGCCGAAGUUGCCACAUUCAGACUCCAACUCCAGUAUUGAGCCGUUUGCCUGCAGUAGUCUGGCUGAAAUGGAGAACCAGAACUGCUCUUUCUUUAACCAAAGCCUUGAUGAAGAGCAGUACCCUCUUCGUUAUUACAGCCCAGUGCUGGAGCCUGAUGCUUUACCCUGCCCUCACCUCCUCAAAUACAACCACACCUUUACAGAACGGCCAGGCGGACUGACCACACAGCCAGAAUACAGUAACAUCUGCGCAGACUGGACCGUCACACCAAGUGCCAAGCCUGAAUACACCAACAUCUGCAUGGACUCUUCAUCUGGCACAAACCAGCACAACUGCCACGCCUGUGUGAAACAGCCAAUCAGAGAAGACAUUCUGACCAACGGCCCAGGACAGCAGAGUCGAGUACAGCUGCAGAGGUCCAUCUGCAUCCUGGAGCAGCAGAACAGGCUCCUGCAGAGGGAGUACAGGAGGCUGCAGUGGCAGCUUGAGGAGGCUGAAGCCCAAGUUUCACAGAGGUCACCAAGAUCAGCUGAAAAUCAGAGGUCAGGGUUACAAAUAGAACUGGAGAGGCGAAUGCUCAUGCUGGAGGAACACAAGGAGCAGCUGGAGACCCAAAUACAGCAACUCAGAACCUUACUGCUACAGCAGAUCAGAGAUGAGUCUGAGAACAGCAUUUCUGCAGGAAGCUCCACCUCCACCUGCUCACCUGGGCCCCGCCCACCACAACUGCUAAUCCAGCACUGCUCUAAAACAACAGGUGUGUGUAUCCAACAGGACAGCCAGAACCACACCACUGACCACCUGCAGCAAGUCAUCGAACAACUGAGACACACCUUCCCCUCAGAAAGUGACAGCACCACUGCCCUGUAAACCACAGAUGUCACUGAAUUGGGUCUGCUUUCAGGAUAUUACCAGGAACCACCAGGAUGGCAGCAAACCAGGAGUGGACAGUUCAUGGCUGGACUGAAAUCUAAUGUCUGUAGUGGUUCUGGAAUGUGCAUUCUUAUAUUUAAGCAAUAAUACACGAGAGAGUGCUAUAAUGUGAACUUUGAGUGUAUUUUUGCGAUUAUACCACAGUUCCAUUAUCUCUGUUUAUUAAAAGAUUUUGAGUUAAAGAGGAUGAGAAAAUACGAUCUGUUGGGUUAUAAAAACUCCUAAUAUACACUAAUAUAUACUAAAAACACUAUUAUACACUCACAGGUACUAUUGUAUAGUCUAAUUUAGCUAUAACAUGUAAUUUUGGCAAUGCUGUGCUGCGACUGCAGGUCGAGUACCGUACGUUAUAGCACGUUAUAGCUCGGAACUCGAGUGUAUUAUAGCGAUUACACCACAGUUCCAUUAUCGCUGUUUAUUGAAAUAUUUUGUGUUAAAGAGGACGAGAAAAUAUGAUCUGUUUGGUUAUAAAAACUUAAGUUAAAAUAGUUCCAUUGCUGCUCUGUUUGUAGCUGCACUGUUUGGCUUGUAAGCGCUGCAUUGUUGCUAGGUCACCUGUAUGUGGUGGAGUAAUACAUGGCGAGCUUCGGUUACAGUGCAUUACCGGCUGAUACCAGCACUCAUAAAAAGCCUCUUAGUCACAUUGCUAACUGUGGUAUAAUAUUGAUUAUACAUUCAGUAAUGGCUAACUGUAAUUAAGCAGAUACUGUACUGUUGAUUGACUAGCAGAACAAAUUCACUUUAUUUUCAUAUUUGAACUGAGUACACAGUGUUAACAUGAGAUAAGUAUGAACUUUCGUUCCUUUACUGAAAAUAGGCCACUGAACUUUGCAGAAGAGUGCCAGCACUUGUUUCAUUUUAAGAAGAAUGAGCCCCAUUUUGUCGGUUGCAAUUUAAACUAUGAUGCCAACAUAAUCAUUAGGAAUUUAAUAUGUUUUUCUGCUUAUCAAUACUUUCAAUUUGAAGCACUUUUCUCAGUUAUUGUGUGCUUCAAUGCUCCAUAACUCAAUGUAUUUAAAAAUCAGGGAGUCACAUUUGUCUUGAAGUCUUUGGCAUGUAUUGUAUAUGUUUUUUAUGUUGUGCAGUUAAAGAUAAUACAAACUGAGUGAAAAUAUGAUUGAAUUAAAU